AGAAAGGGACAGAGAGGAGGACGAUAGAAUGAAAGAGAUGGAUAGAGUGUAGUGUUUUCCUUCAUUUUUACAGUUGUGACAUCUGUUGUCUUUGUGUGUCUGCGGUGGAUUUGACUGACAGUUCAAAGCUCAGUCUUUGUUUCCUAUUUCCUCUGUGGUUUCUUGGAUGCUGAAGAACUGAUGGAGAUGGAGAUACAACAGAGUCACCCAGCCCUGCUGUCCACCUGGACACAAGAGUUGCACUGACAGAGGUCUGCUAAGUGGUCACAAGAGACUGGGUGGACAGGCCGAAUAUAAGUGUCCACAUCAGCAAACAUCCUUGUUGCAGCCGUAAGGAGAGCCAUCCAGCCAGCUAGAGGUGAGGGGUGAGGCGAGCAAAUCAAACGAGGAGAGAUGUUGGGGCAGGGCGGGCAUGCGGCCCUGGCUCUCACGUCAUUGAUGCUGCUACUGUGGCAUACUGUGACACCCAUCGAAGUCCCACAAGACCCAAAGAUCCUGCAAGACCUGAAGCAGCCCCCUACUAUAGUCAAACAGUCAGUGAAGGACUACAUUGUAGAUCCCAGAGAUAACAUCAUCAUCGAGUGUGAGGCCAAGGGCAACCCAGUACCGACAUUUUCAUGGCGAAGGAAUGGCAAGUUUUUCAACAUUGGGAAAGAUCCCAGGGUCACAAUGCGAAAACGCUCGGGGACCCUGGAGAUUGGUUUCCGCAGUGGAGGACGACCAGAUGACUACGAAGGAGAGUACCAGUGUUUUGCCACCAAUGACUUUGGAGUAGCUCUGUCCAACAAAAUCCUGCUCCGGGUCUCAAAGGCUCCUCUGUGGCCUAAGGAGGUGCUGGAGCCAGUGGUGGUGAAUGAAGGCUCCCCACUGGUUCUACCCUGCAACCCCCCACCAGGCCUUCCUCCUCCAUUCAUCUUCUGGAUGAACAGCGGUAUGACUCCCAUCCCUCAGAAUAACAGAGUGUCCAUGGGUUUGAAUGGAGACCUGUACUUCUCCAACGUUAUUCCCCAAGAUGCUCACACAGACUACAGCUGCAACGCUCGCUUCCACUUCACACACACCAUCCAGCAGAAGAACCCCUUCACGCUCAAGGUUCCUACCAAGGAGCUGUAUAAUGACACUGACCCCAAUGGUGGCCGUAAAGUAGCCGAGUCCACACCGACCUUCCUCUCACCGCCAGGCACUGAGAGCUCCAAAAUGGUGCUACGAGAGGAGCAGCUACUGCUGGAGUGUAUCGCUGCUGGACUACCCACCCCUACCAUCAAGUGGUUUAAGAAGGGCGGGGACCUUCCAGCAAACAAAGUGAAAAUUGAGAAGUUCAACAAGACCCUGAAGAUCAUCAGUGUGUCAGAGGAGGAUGCUGGGGAGUAUGUGUGCAUGGCCAACAAUCAUUUAGGCAGCAUACGCCACUCCAUCUUUGUCCAGGUGAAAGCGGCUCCUUACUGGCUCGACAAACCUACAGACCUGGUGCUCGCCCCAGAUGAAAACGGGCGCCUGGUGUGUCGGGCCAAUGGCAACCCUAAACCUAACACCCAGUGGCUGAUCAAUGGACAGCCUUUAGACAGCUCUCCCCCCAACCCAAGCAGACAUGUGAUGGGUGACACCAUCAUCUUCCGCUCGGUGCAGAUGGGAAGCAGUGCUGUCUAUCAGUGCAACGCUUCCAACCAGCACGGAUAUUUGUUGGCCAAUGCCUUCGUCAAUGUGCUUGAUAUGCCUCCGAGGAUGCUCGGCCCUAAAAACCAGCUGAUUAAAGUCAUCGAGAACAACCGCACCUUCCUGGAUUGUCCCUUUUUUGGUUCCCCUCUGCCAGAUCUACGCUGGUUUAAGAAUGGACAGGGCAGUGGACUGGACGGAGGACAGUACCGUGUUUACAUCAACGGUACCCUGGAGAUUAAAAGGGCUCGAGCAGAGGAUGAAGGCACCUACACCUGUGUGGCCAACAGCAUCCUGGGCAAGGCUGAGAACCAGGUCCGCCUGGAGGUCAAAGAGCCGACUCGUAUAGUUCGAGCCCCCGAGCACCAGUCACUCUACAGGGGCUCACCAGCUCGAUUCAACUGUAAGGUGAAGUCUGAUCCCAGCCUGCCCAUCACUGUGUCCUGGAUGAAGGAUGACAGGCCUCUCAAUUUCGGAUGGAGGCUGAGGAAGGACGACGAGUCGCUGACCAUCCCCAAUGUGCAUGAGGGUGAUGAGGGAACAUACACCUGCACUGUUAAGUCUGAGAUAGACCAGGACUCAGCCUCAGCUCGCCUGACUGUGUUAGAGGAAGCCUCCCUCAGCCCCUCAGUCUCUAGUGCCUUGCCUCCAGACCGUCCAGACCCUCCUAUGGAUCUGGAUCUGUCGGACCUAGCAGACCGCAGCGCUCGCCUCACCUGGAUCCCCGGCAAUGAUCACAGGAGCCCCAUCACAGAGUUCUUGGUCCAGUUUGAGGAGGACCGCUGGGAGCCACGCAGGUGGCGGAACCUGUCCACUUACCCCGGGGACAUCAACUCUGUCAUCCUGCAGCUUGCCCCCUUUGUCAACUACCAGUUCAGGGUCAUUGCCAUCAACUCUGUGGGCCAGAGUCAACCCAGCCCCCCCUCGCCAAGAUACAAGACCAGUGGAGCUGCCCCAGAUGCCAUUCCCAGAGGUCUACGAGGAUGGGGCUCCAGCAAGGACAAUAUGGAGAUCACUUGGGAGCCUCUGCUUGAUAUGGAGAGAAAUGGUGCUAACCUGCACUAUAAUGUGUGGUGGAGACGGAAGGAUAUGGGGGAAGAGUGGAGUAACGUGACCACCAUGGGGUCCAAACAUAUCAUCCACAACACAGAAACCUAUGUGCCUUAUGAGAUCAAAAUUCAGGCCAGAAAUGAGUUUGGACUUGGACCAGAGUCCAAUGUGGUCAUUGGAUACUCUGGAGAGGACAAGCCCACAGAUGCUCCCACUAACCUGCGGGUGUCAAAGGUUGACAGCACCAAAGCGAACAUCCACUGGAAACCUGUGGACCUGAACACUAUCCGGGGAGAGUUCAAAGAGUACAGAUUGUACUACUGGCGUGAGUCCAGUCUGGUCCCAAAUCUGGUGGUCAGUAAGGAGAAGAAGACCAAGGGAUUCUACAGCACCAUGGCCGAGCCAUCCGGCAUCCUCAGUGACCUGAUGCCCUACUCUAAAUAUAAGAUGUUUAUGGUUGUGGCCAACAGCCGCUUUGAGAGUCCACAGAGCAACACAGUGGAAUUCACCACCAAAGAAGGAGUUCCCGAUGCUCCACAGUUCUUCAGGAUCAACCGGAGGAGUUUUGAUACCCUCUACUUGGAAUGGGCCAAACCUCUGGAGCCCAACGGCAUUCUGAUUGGAUACCAACUCAAGUACCAAACGGUCAAUGGCUCCAGGGUGGGUCGACCACAGCUGGAAACUCUUCUUCCUAAUACGACAGACUUCACCCUCCGCCUUCCAGACAGAUCUACCCGCUACAAGUUUUACUUGUCCGCUCUCACUCAGGUGGGAGCAGGGGAGGUCUAUGCUGAGGAGUCCCCACACUUUGCCAAUGAGGCCUACAUAGACCAGGUAGACAUAGCCACUCAGGGCUGGUUCAUCGGCUUGAUGUGUGCCAUUGCCCUCAUCAUACUGAUCCUUCUCAUCGUUUGCUUCAUCAAGAGGAGUCGUGGGGGCAAAUACCCAGGUGGCGGCUGCGUGACUGGUUUCACAAAAUAUCUCGUGCGUGACAAAAAAGAUCUCCCCUUAGACCCAGUGGAUCAGAAAGACCAGGAUGGAUCCUUUGAUUACCAAAAUGGGUCAUCUGUCCCUGACAGGAACGAAAACGAAAACAGCAGCGAUGAGGACAACAAGCCUCUGCAGGGAAGCCAGACUUCGCUGGAUGGCAACGUGAAGGAAAGCGACGACAGCCUGGUAGACUAUGGUGAAGGCGGUGACGGCCAGUUCAACGAGGACGGCUCUUUCAUUGGCCAGUACACGGUGAAGAAAGACAAAGAUGAGACGGAGGGCAACGAGAGCUCAGAGGCCACCUCGCCCGUCAACGCUAUAUAUUCGCUAGCGUAGCCCCUUAGUAGCACACAGGGGGCUCAGUGGCCCCCUUUGAUUUGAGGGCGUUAUGACAGACCACAGCACCAUACACCUGACACAAACACACACACAUGACUAUAUAACACCGUAAAUACAGAAGAAAUACAGCAGGGCCUGUCUGGAGACUUUGGAGACUUUCCUCUGCAGAGAAAGUGGAGAAACACGGGAGUGGGACUAGACCACAAGCCUUUACUUUACGUUUCCAGCUCUUAGAAUAUGGCCCAGGCCCAUUUGACGUGAUCUUUGGACAAAGUGGACAGUGCUUGGUUUCCUUCUGCGCUCUGCCUGCCCUUUACUCACACAGACUUGAAGUGUGCCUUUGGGGGCAGCUUUCAGCAUUUGGAGGCAUCAACAAGUGUUAUCUAGAGAGUUUUCUUUGGUUCGUUUCUGCUCUGAACAUUUUCACUGUCACUGCUCUCCUUCCUGAUACACCCCCCCAUACCUCUGUGUAGUAUCCCAGUAAAGUACACACAGUGGUUAUACACACAGCCCCGCUCCAUAAUGUAACAUAUCAGCUUCUAACCAUCAGUCUCAACAGGAUGCUGGCAGAUAUGUUUAUCAUAUUGAUAUUUACGCAAUGAAAGAUUUUAGUUUUUACACAGCUGGUAGACGAGUCAUUGAAUCUUAAUGAAUGCUGUAUACAGUCCUGGCACACAUUUUAGUGCCCCGCAAAACUAUGCACUAUCACCUCCUCAAUACCAUUUUGGGUUUAAUCUGGUUAGUAAAAGCAUCCAUUUUGAGUUCCUUUUUUUACCACUUGCAGGCUAAACUCACAUGCUUUUAUUCACUUUGCCUUGUACGAUGUGGUAGACAUGUUUUUCUUACCUCUAAUCCAGUGUUGUAGCAGACGUUCAAAAUGGCUGCCACAAGAAAAGCCAUUUCUGCCGCAAGCAGCUGCUACAAUAUGUUGUCAAUGAAUCCCAUGUUUUAAAAGACGAGAAAUAUUAAUUUGGAGCAUGGAACAAUGUGAGGCAGCACAGAGGAAAGUUAGUUUUGCUGGAGAAACACCAGUAGACAGCACCCCAGUGAGUUUUGUAGUCAGCAUGCAGGCUAAUGCUGCAUUCAUGUCAAAUGGGACAAUUACAAUGUUGUCAGUUUUGCUUCUUUGGAGCUAUAAAGAUUUGAUGAUUCAGUUUUUUUCUGUUGACUUUAGUUCCUCAUUUAUCUACCAUAUGAAUAAGAGAGCACUAGUUUUGAAAGUAUUUUAUACUAAGCCAAACUAUAUAAUAAUGACUUAUGAUUAUUAUUAUUAUUAUUAUGAUCAUCAUCAUCAUCAUCAUCAUUAUUAUUAUUAUUUAAAAGGGUUCAAAAAGUUAAUAGAUAAUCUUCUACCAGUAACCUACAUGUAUGUUCUAACUGGUGACACUGGGGAACCUUGUGUUCCAAACUCCAAAGUUCCCAGUAGGCUGAGAUGUUUAAUGUUGUCAGUUUGGAAGCUUGUCUACGUUCCCUCCUAUGGGACAUGAAUGCAGCAUGAGAAGUUGGGAUUUUUAAGGUGUGUUCAGACUAAAUUUUUUGCAUUGUGUUACUCACAUAAAUUGGACCCCUGGAUUGUUAGUACAGUCUGUGUUUGUUCAUCCCAACAGCCAGUGCACAGACAUUAGCUGUGAGCUAGCUAGCACUGUACACACCAACUCCGUCUUCAGCUCAGUUCAUGAAUAUGUGUUGAUCACACCGCCUUUAAAAUUCUCUUCUCUUCUGGUCCGAACGCACCUUUACAGAGGUGUCUGCACCUCUUCCCUUCCCUCUAGUUUUUUUAUAAAUUCAGUCAAUUUGUUAAGCAUUACAGAAGAAUAAAGACUGCAUUAGGUCCGUGUAGAAUACUUUAAAAAAAAAGACAAUAUUUAAAGCAUGAAAAUAUAUACAUUCAGUUCACAGCCAGCUUUGAAAUGAAAUGUAUCCGCUUAAUUUUUAGAUUUUUCAGAGGAAGAAAGAAAAGAGAACAUGGUUUGAGUAACAGAGUAAGUUUUAAGAAGUAUGUGAACUCAGUAUUUCAAUUGUCCUACAACCAUAUUCAUCAUGUAGCAGAUUGAUGGACUGUGUUUCUUUAAUUUAUACUACACAUUGACUGUGUGCUCAUUGGUUUCACCACAUCAUUUUGGCACUUGUACUGUAGUUACUUGCAACUUAACAGUGCUAUUAAACCUUCCAAUGCUAAAUGACAGAGAUCUUAACUGCAGUUAGUAACUGUAUUUCACAUUGUAUUUCAAAUAUUUAUUUUAUAUUUCUAUUUAUUACAUUAUGUGGAUAGUAUUAAUAUAUUAGUUCUUUAUUUAAUAAUUGUUACACAUUUUUGAUCUUAUUCAGUUGUUUCACACCAGAAAUAGAAAGAUGUCUGCCGAAUCAGUUAUUGCUCAUCAUGAGAGGCAUUAAACACAACAGUAUGAUCGAGAUAUUUUUGUAGCUGCUGGCUUUUCUGCUGUAAACAAAAAAAAAAAAAAAAAAACUAAACAAAAAGAAAAUGCCUGUCAUCAUUUU